AUCUCCAUGUGAAAGAUUGCUCUUUUUAUGCAUCAUUAUACACAAAACCUGCUUUAUUCAAAAAUAAUACUACAAAAGACAAUGAAAAUGGCGAUUCUAAUACAAUAAAAAAUAAUGAGAUUGAUAUGGAUAAGGAAUUUAGAAAAGAUAAAAUUUUAUAUCAACUUUGUAUUAUUAAAAUUGAUUAUGUUAGUGAACAGGAAGUAGACUUUGAUGCAUUUGAUAAGUUUGCCGAACAAUACAAAGCCGCAAAAUCACGAUCAAUUGGUUGUGUAACUACUUUUCUUUAUGAUCAUAGAUAUAACCUAGAUCCCUUGAUAAAGAGAAUGAUCAACAAGAAAUUCCCAAAUGAAAACCGAUUAUUUUCAGAUAAAGAUAUUUUAAAAUUUCGGAUACAACUUAUUGACUGGAACAACAAAGCUUAUUCAUUUAAUUUUGAAGAAAAUUGGAAUGAUUAUUUAGUUAAGGAUCCUGUUUAUUUCUGGAAUAAUUUUACCAAUGAAGUUCCAGAAUUAGCAAUAUUUGCAGCAUGGCUUAUGUCAAUACUACCUACAUCUGCUAAUAGUGAAUAA